GGUACUACGAUUCUCCUAUUGCGACUCUGGAUUUUUCAUCAUUGUACCCUUCUAUUAUGAUGGCACAUAACUUGUGUUAUACGACACUGCUUAAUGAAAACAGCAUUAAAGAGUAAGUAUCCACUGAAAUGUAGGUUUAAAAUUGUUGUACUAAGUUAUCGGUGGUUUUCAAGUACAUAUAUAUUUGUUCAAACCUUCUGGACAAAACAUUUCCAUGCCAUACAGGAAGACCUCGCGUAUAAGAACCUAGAUUUUAGGAACCUGUUAGGCUAAAAUAUUUAGACCCCUUUAUACAAGAACCUCAACCUGUUUGGGCUAAAAUUUCAAACAGGUUCUUAUUUUUAUCACUCUAAGAGUUGAAACGAAAAAUUUAUAAAUCAAAGAAAAUAAACUCUUCACAAAAUAAUGAAAAUGACCCAGAAGUCGGAAUCUUGGAUAUGUCGUAACAUAAUAAACAACAUGUCUAUAUGGCGACAUGGAAAUAACUGUAUCUACACCAACCGAAAAUCAGCCGCUUUUUUAGAAAAUGAGAACCUAUUAAGAACCUGUUUAGCCUAAUUUUGCGAUAAGCACAGGGCUGCAAAUAAAUAUUUGACUUGACAGGACACUUUUAAUUUUGGUCCGACACAACUUGAAUUUGGUAGGACAAAAACCAACACCACUAAGUUUGGUCGGACAUAUACAGUAUACGUCACAAGAUAUAUAUAAGUCACGAGACAAGUAUGUAUAGCCAUUCCGGCGCAACGUUAAGUAAAGUGCUGGAAUGCCUCGUAGAUUUUAUUGCAAAAUGCAAAUUGAGUGAAUUUGCAAUCGGAUUUUGUCACAGCAAAAAAAUGUAUAAUGUGACAAUUUUUUUUGUGAUCGGACCAAUGUCCGAUCAAAAUUACUUUUGCUCGGACAUUUGCCAAAUUUAGUCGGACAUUGUCCGAUGUCCGACAGUAAUUUGCAGCCCUGUAAGCACCAUUUAUAUAAGAACCUGUAUAGGCUAACUUGAAAAAUCUAGGUUCUUAUACGCGGGGUCUUACUGUAGUAAAGCUUUGAAUUAACCCAAGUAUGAUAGACUCGUUCCAAGAUAGAUCCACAAAGUUGUUCCGGGCUUUUUUCACGCGGUUUUGGUACAUGCAUUUACCGAAGUGUGUUGGAAUAUAGUUGAAAAAGCCGUCAAAAUAUGUAGAGAAACGCAUUUUUGGAAGUUCCUAGUUGUUUUAAAAGUAUUCUAUUUAAAACACGAGGCGACAACAGAGUGUUUUAUAUCUGAUAAAGCACGGAGUGUGAGUGUUUUUAAAAACGAGUCUGGCGAAUUUCAAAAAUGAACGUUGUCUAUAAGCCGAGAAAAUCAAGUUUAUGUAAAUGAACAUGAAUUUUUAUCACAUAAAACCACCGGCACGGUAGUGAUUUCCUUUGUCCUUUCCUCGUUUGCCUUUUCCUCAUGAAUUAUUAAUGCUUUUUUAAACUUAUUAUAGACUUCGUUUUGAGUUGGUGUUUAGUAUGUGCUAUGUCUUUUAUAGAUUUUUUAUUUUGUCCGAAAUUUGUAUGUACUCAGGUGAAUAUGAUGCUUGUAAUGUUACUCUGAGUGUAUAUCCACACCGGGCAGGCUUGAAAAAUAUGCCUAGCCACGGUGGGAAUCGGCCCUACAACCUUUGGAAUACUAGCCCAAUGCUCUGCCAACUGAGCUACGCGAUCGUAGGUUCGAUUCCCACCGUGACCAGGCAUAGUUUUCCAGGGCCUAUCAGAGAAAUUCGGGGGCCCGGGGCAAAUUUUUGUUUUGGGAGCCCUAUUUUCCCCAAAAAUGCGGGGAGGAUAUUUUCCGGACAUAAAAAAAGGGUCAAAAAAAUUUUCGGGUCGAACAUCAGUUAAACUAAGGUUCAAAAACAUUUUCCCGGCAAAUUCCUGUUACAACAUGGGUCAAACCCUUUCUUUGGAUCAUUAUAUGUCAAAAUUUUUUCUCAUACCUUUAUUUUUAUCAUAAAACGUUCGAAAUUAUUUUUUUUUAAUUUGCAAGUUUGGGGGCCCCCUUAAACUGGGGGCCCGGGGAAAAUUUCCCCCCUCCCCUCUGAAAGGCCCUGCACUUUUCAAGCUUGCCCGGUGUGGAUAUACAUAAUACACUCAGAGUAACAUCACAAGCAUCAUUAUAGAAAGGUUAACCAAAUUUAUCAAAAACAUGCGUAAACUAUAGCAAUCAGUUAAAUAACAACAUAUUUCGGGGGGAAAAUGACCAAACCGUGGGAAAAGUGGUCUGAGACGAAAUGGUGAAGCUAUAUUUCUUGGAAAACGUAUAUUUUAAUGUAAUUAUUAUACAUUGUAGUUGGUAAAAACAAUUUGAUUGGCUAAGAGCUUACAGUUAAAUCGCGCAAUCACGCAACCUACUGAAAAUUCAGUUAUCUACUAGCAGAUAACUGAGUUAUCUGCAAAUGAUCCUGCGAUGAUUAGCAAGCGGUAUCUAUUGAACACAAAAAAAUGUAUAAUAAAACAAUUAUUGAAUUCGGUUUUUGCGAUAUGCAAAAUUAUCAAGGUCUCGGUAAGCGUUAUCAGACGAGCCGAAUGUUAUCGCUUACCUUGACCUUGAUAAUUCCGUAUAUAUCAAAAACCUCAUCCAGUAAUUGUUAAUUAUUGUCUAAGACAGAAAACUACGAACAUAUAGAAUGUUCGCCAUACCUUUUUGUAAUAUUUUUCUUUAAUUCUUUCGUACACACGCCUUUCGUACUGUAUAUUAAAACAUUUCAUUUUAGUCUUGCGCCUGAUGAAUACAUCAAGACACCUUGUGGGUUCUAUUUCAUUAAAUCAACAAAAAGGAAAGGAAUAUUGCCAGAAAUUUUGGAGGAUCUAUUGGGGGCAAGAAAGAAGUGAGUAUAAACUAAAAUACCAAACUAAUUUUAUAAUGAAUAGCUUUAUCAGUUCUGCUUAGACCAGUCUAGUUCCAUUGAAGAAUACAAACAAAACUUAAACGUCUCGUGCGAAGGCCCUUCGAAACGUCGAAGGUGCGAAGGGCUUGUGUGUAUGAUCCUGACUACAUAUUUAAAAACGCACAACUUGCAAAAAACAUGCAACAUACUUGUGCCAAUGCUUUUUCAACAAUUUGUUAUCAAGAUGUGUUUGCAGUGCUGGUUCCCAACUUGUUGACAAGUUGUCAUUGGUUGAAAAUUUGCUAUAAUGUCCUUGGACUCAACAAGUCGACUUGUUACAAGUUGUUCGAAUAACUUGUUAUCAUGGUGCACUUCAACAACUUGUUAAGAAGUUGUUUCAACAAUGACAAUCUUGAAUCUAUCAGAUUUAAAUACGGCACAAGUUCGGCAACUGAUUUAAACGUCGGACUUAAUUGUACCGUUCUAAAAUACAAGUACACUAUAUCAGUCAUAUAUACGUACGCCAUAACCUAUACAUGAACUUGUUAGAGCUCGAUAACUGGCCAACCUCGUACCCAGGUUCUCAAUCUUCGCUCCUACCUCGCUUGAAUUGAGACCCUGGUAUCGGCUGGUCACGUGACCCGUCAUAUUUUGGCGAAUUUGCUCAAUUGUUUUAGGGAAAGUAUAGUAAGUAGAUAUUGUAGUAAACAUUAAUAUUGUUAAAAUAACAUUACCAAACAAAACAUCUCACUUACUAUCCAUUCCCUAAAAACAAUUGAGCAAAUCCGCUAAAAUAUGACGGGUCACGUGACCAGCCGAUACCAGGGUCUCAAUUCAAGCGAGGUAGGAGCAAAGAUUGAGAACCUGGGUACGAGGUUGGAUAACUGGCAUCUGUAGCUCAGUUGGUUAGAGCGCUGCACCGGAAUCGCAGAGCCGCAGGUUCGAUUCGUGCCUGGGACCUAAAGUUGCAUUUUUCGCUUCUGUUCCUGGUUAGGUCUAAUAAAUGAAUAUAAAUUUCCACUCGAUAAUUUCCAUCUACAAUAACCUUACCUAUGACACUGUUUGUUUCAGGGCAAAAAUGGACCUGAAGAAUGAGACAGACCCGUUUCGCAAGAAGGUAAUUUUAUAUUUAUAUAAAUGUGAUUUUUUCUCAUAGAUUUAGUAUAUAUAUAGUGAUCAUCAUAUGAUGGCAAAUACAAUAGGGAUGAGCCGAUAAGGAAAAUUGCCGAUUACUGAGGUCGAUUAUUUAUAAGCCGAUUAUUGUAACUAAUCGGCCGAUUAAUUGGUACCCACCGAUUAUUUUAAAAAGCAAGCGAAAAGUCACAAGAUGACCAACAAUGAAGUUGGAAAUGCAGUUUUAUUGUUUACAAUACACAUUAUGUACAAUUGAAAACAGCUUCAAUCUUGCAUGUCAAUAGUCAAAGUUUAGUUUUGGCAGAUUAUGGUGUAAAAACAAGAUACUAGCUGUCAGCUAUGCCAUUGCUGAGCUAGUCUGCUGCGUUUUUUUUAGUGGAAAUGUUCCCAGCUUCACUUCGCUUGAGACAAAAGACGCAGGUUUUGCAACAAAAUGUGAAAAUCUAUUCGCUUGUAUUGAGUAUUUUAGCAUGUGUUUGGCAGCUGCAGAAAAAGUCUUAUGGCUGAUUAUUUGCCGAUUAUCAGGCAAUAAUCGGCCGAUUACCGAUUAUUUAAAAAACGGCCGAUUAAUCGGCUUUGCCGAUUAUUUACCGAUUAAUCGGCUCAUCCCUAAAAUACAAUUAAAGAUUAACAUUACGAGUGAUGUUUGAACAUUUAGAGUAGCCGUUUUAUUGACUCACAGAUACUCCGUUGGAGUCUUUGUGUGAGUCUUUGCCAUGAACCACAGAAUCAACUAUUUCUUUUGUUUUCCUCCAGCUUGCUUUGCGCGCCUGGAACCGGUCAGACCGGCGUAGAAUGCUUCGUGAUUGGUUGUUUUCACAACGCUUGCAAACAUCGUGCUUUUGGGCAGUUUUGGGUGAAUUUCCAUGUCUGGAUUUGAUAUUGCGGUGACGAUUGACCUUUUGUUACGCAUUAUCUCUGGUUAUGCGCCCAUUAAGGACAAAAAUACCACUGUUCGAUUCAGCGAAAACAAUUGUACUUACGGAUGUCAAACGUAUUACUAAACAACAUUAUUCUAGCGAUUUAUACCCUUUGAAAGUCGAGCGAAAAGCUGCGAAAUUAUAUUGUUGACAAAUCGCUCAAAAUUAUUAAACUAAUUAAAAAUGCAGUACGUUUGAUCCUUGCUAACUUUGGUAUUGUUGGUUUCCUCGUUUUCGGCCGUAUACCAGCGAAUUCGUAUGUGAUCGUAUUUUAUUUCUGGGCGACUUUACACUCUAUGCCUGCGACUGUCUUCAUAGGUGAUAGGAAUGAAAGCAAAGGCUAACUAUUCCCGUUCCCAAACCGGCGACACGAACACUUCAACUCGAAAAAUAUCCUCUUUAAAUCGCUUUGUUUUCGGUUAAAAUUCGCCAGCGUAUAGAAUAAACACCCAUCUUCGAACAUAGAAGGCAAUUUUAACAUGCCCUGUAAUUUUUGGAAUGGAUUUUUAACAAAAUGUUUCGAAAACCAAAUUCUAUGGAACUUUGAAAGACCAAUAAUUACUACCGCGCCUGCUUGGCCACCUAGUCUUCUUUACCGUUUGGAUUGUCAGGGGAGGGGGGUUCAAAUAACAAACACAUAUUUCCGGCAACAGCCAGCCAAUCAACGCCUCGAUACCGACUGUUUACAAUAUUUGAAAUCUGAUAUGUAAUUUAUCAACAACAAAACUCUUUCGAUGAAUCGAUCGUAUAGUAUACGAUAGAAAGGAAAUACAGGAAAUCGCGGCGUUGAUUUGCUGGUUGUUGUUGCUGUAUACGAUCGAAAGAGUUUUGCAAAUUACAAUAUCAGAUUUCAAAUAUUGUAAACAGUCGGUAUCGAGGCGUUGAUUGGCUGGCUGUUGCCGGAAAUAUCUGUUUGUUAUUUGAAUCCCCCCCCCCCCUGACAAUCCAAACGGUAAAGAAGGCUAGGCUGCCAAGCAGGCGCGGUAGUAAUUAUCGGUCUUUUAAAGUUUCAUAGAAUCUGGGUUUCGAAACAUUUUGUUAAAAAUCCAUCCCAAAAAGUAUAGGACAUGUUAAAAUUUCCUUGUAUGUUCGAAGAUGGGUGUUUAUUCUAUACGCUUUCGAAUUUUUACCAAGAACAAAGCAAUUUAAAGGGGAUAUUUUUCGAGUUGAAGUGUUCGUGUCGCCGGUUUGGGAACGGGAAUAGUUAGCCUUUGCUUUCAUUCCUAUCACCUGUGAUGACAGUCGCAGGCAUAGAGUGUAAAGUGGCCCAGAAAUAAAAGAUGAUCACAUACAAUUAAAUUAGGCAAGUAAAUAUAAUUUUAAAAUAUAAAAUUCAUUACAAAUAUUACUGUGUAAUAUAUUCUAUUAUUAUAUAUUUACUAUAAUACACGUCUGGGUCGCCUGUGCUAGGCUCUACUAAUAAUAUUACACGACAUGAUCCGUGAGUCGUCUCAUUGAGACCUUUGAUAAAAACAUGAAUUUCGAAGACUAUACUAAAUGUGGAAUUGGCCAAAAAGCUUAAAGUACUCAUUUUUGCAAAAUAUUUUGGAUGUACUUUGACAUUUCAAAACAUAUGACUCGUUGACGCAGCCAUGUCGAAUUCGAGGGUUAGCCUGCGAACAGGCAUUAUGAAAUGACGAAAUUUUAAAAUAAAAUUCGUGUAUAAACGGAUUUCUUAAAAGUUUCGCAUCUUGUAGCAAAUCUUUAACAAGUUGUAUUCGCACUGCUUGUACCAAGUUGUCAACAAGUUUGGAACUAACAACUAGUGGUUGUUCCAACAAAUCCAAUACAGUCAUAAUAUUGUUACAACCUUGUGUCGUCAAACUUGUAACAUUCUUGUUUUAUCAUGACUGUAUUGGACUUGUUAGAACAACCUUGUAACAAGUCUGAUAAUGCCGUCAAGCUUGUAGCAAGUUGUUAACAGCUUGCUUCAAUCUUGUUACAACAACUAGGAACAACCACUCAAGCAGUGCGAACACAACUUAUCGACGGCUCGUGAACAGAUUUGUAUUAACUUGUUCGCAGACCAGUAACAACCCUGAUCGAGCGAAUAGUUACCUCCAUGCAUAGAUGCAAAAAGUAAGUUUACGUGGUAAGAGUAACCAGUAAGUCGUGUGUAAGAUCCAAGUAAUCUUGAUUCGUUUUAGGUACUCGACGGCCGACAGUUGGCCUUAAAAAUAAGCGCUAACUCCGUAUAUGGCUUUACUGGUGCUCAAGUUGGAAAACUACCAUGUCUGGAAAUUUCUUCUGUAAGUAUUAAAUGGUAGUCUCCGCUCAUCAUCGUGAUCAACAGUCAUGAUAGUGUGUAGAUAAUCGCUGUUUUUAUGUCGCUUCACUAUAUAUUGUGCAUAGACGGAAAUUAGCAAUCACCAUGUUUUUCCUAAUAAAUCUUCAAGGGUCAGUUGUACGAGGCUGGAUAGUGAUUUUUUAAACGUUGUAAAAAUGUGAUAAAACGAAUAUGUAUCCCACAUGCAAUUAAUAACAGGAAACUUUAAUUUUUAUAUACUAAAGUUUAAUCUGGGUUGUAUAACUGUCAACGGCCAAUUGAACUGGUCUCAGUUCUAUUGAAACUUCUCUUCAGUUCUACUCUGGGAGGCAGACGUUUUCCCCCAUAGAAAUAAUAGAUAUCAGUGUUAUCUGUUAUCAGAUAACAUUGUUAUGUGAAGGUUGAGCCAGCGGCAUGUAAUUUUAUGGCAAGAGGCAGUUUUAAGUACACGAAUAAAAACAAAAAGAACAACAUAAAUGAACGGCGUUUUAUCAUUAUGCAUUCCAUAGUACACAUACAAGAACAAAGCUUCUUUCAAACGUCAUGACAUACACUGUAUAUGUCGUUCGUAUUUUAGAGUGUUACUGCAUUUGGAAGAAUGAUGAUCGAUAAAACGAAAGAACUCGUGGAGGAGAAAUACACCAUUGCAAAUGGGUACAAACACGAUGCAAAGGUACACUAUCCGAUCUGUCACCGUAAAUUUUCACUUAAGUAAUCCCUUCAAUCAGAUCCUCUCAUAAGAACCUGACGUGCUUUAGUUAAUUUACAAUACACUUGCAAACAUACGAUAUUGUGCUCUUUCAAGUGACGUCACACACGAACAAGAAGAGUUAUAAUGGUCCACAGCUGUUUAGAAGGUGGUUGAAAAUAAUAUUUUGCCACCUAAAAUGACGGAUUACUUUUGAUGAUACGUCAUACUGCAAGAACUGAAUAGGGCAUUAAUUAGACGUGUAACCUCCUGUGAAACAAUUUUCAAAACAACCAACACAAAUAAGCCGAAAUAUAUUUUACAUACUAGAAAUACAUCCAUGCAACAACCCCUCGCCUAUAUUUUCCAAGCAUUGUUUCAACAUGAAGUAUUCGUAAUUACGCCAACACUGAACGCAGGCUCGCGUUGCCACGUCAUGUUAGUCAUGGCAAUACGAUAAUUGUUUUUUUUUUAAUUUUUUGUACAAACCUGCAAAAAAUAGAUGAAACUUGAACAGUUUUAAAUACAGAACUAUCAAUUCCUAAAAUAUAUAAAGUAGGUAUAUUAUUUUGGUUUCUAUGGACUUUAUUUUAAUGUAAAAUUCAAAACGAAACUCUACGUAAAACGUUUUUAAAUGUGAAUUGAAAUUAACUGCUUUUUGCUGAUAUUAAACUCUUCAACUCCAGCUUGUUACUCGCACUUUGAAAUGAAAUAAAUUUAAUUCGUACAGCACGCUAAUGAAUCAUGCAUGACUGUACUGAAUACUAAUAUUUCGUCAAUUCCCCCUUCUUUUUUGCUAUAUUUCUUGUCCUGGUAUAGUGCUUUGCAGCUCAUGUGAAUAUAGUGUGCACAAUCUCAGGAUUUUGAUUUCUUACGUAUAGGUUAUAUAUGGUGACACAGACUCCGUUAUGGUAAAGUUUGGUACAGAAACUGUUGGAGCAAGCAUGGAGCUUGGAAAAGAAGCUGCCUCUUACGUCACAUCUCAUUUCGUCCAACCAAUCAAACUUGAGUUUGAGAAGGUUUGUUUUCCAAUUUUAUUACUUGUACGUGGUGUAUUAACUUCAAAUGUUCCGCGAAUUUUAUGUGAAUAAAUGUUGUUUAAAAUUUAUAACUACUAAAUGUGAAAGGGCUGUUUUUGCCAACCACAUUUAAAUAACUUGCGCACAAGAAUGGAUUUGCGAUUCUAAUUAAUAUUUCACUCCAGAUCUGACUUUCACGUCUCACUGGUUCAGUAGUUGGUUAAUUGGGAAGAUUAAACACAUCUGAUUGGUUAAUUGGGAAGAUUAAGCGCAUCUGAUUGGUUAAUUGGGAAGAUUAAACACAUCUGAUUGGUUAAUUGGGAAGAUUAAAUACAUGUGAUUGGUUAAUUGUCUCUCACAAGUAUUGGUAUAGUGGAAUUCUAACUGAACCUCUCUAGGAUCGUAUCUGAAACCGUAACAGGCGAGGAAAAAUGUCAAGCAAAAAUAAAAUAUCAGCACCAUCAAACGUGAUUGUUUAUAAACCAUCAUUGGCAACCAGGUUUAAUAUGAGACAAAUUGCAUGAGCCAUGAUAGCCUGCAUGGCAGACGGUCUAAAAUACCGCCUACUGGGUUUGGCAGUGUAAUUUGAUAACCGCCCACUUUUUUGUCCGAGUCCAAUUAGCCAAUCAGCAAACACUAAAUAUAUUUAUAAUCAAACUGUCAAACUAUGUUGUUGUUUGGUCGCAAAAUUGCAAAUGUAUAAAAAUAUGUCGACAAGAGGUAGAAAAGCAAGCGCGGAAAAUGUAAAUGACUUGUCGUUUGUUUAAGUGUGCUUUGAAAUUAAAAUACGGGGCAAUACGCCAAUAGAGAAAAUAUCUUAUAUUCUUAUAUAUCGUUGGAGAAAUGAUUUAUUUAAGGCAAGCAAAAGAAACGUUACGACAGUGGUAAAACCUUGGCCGAAAUAAGCCGAAUUGCCGGUUCAGUUCAUUUAGGAAUCGAAGUUAAUUCUACCUCGGAACUAUCCGACCAAGUUUGUAAACCGUGUGAGCGAAAUAUCCGAAAUGCAAGCGAACUGAUUGCCAUAAUCAAACGAGACAUAAACGCGUUGCUUGUGUACGUUCGAACAAAUAGACAGUUGUAUAUUAAAAACCUCAGUUGCCAAUAUGAACUGUCUCGUCUCCCUAACGAAGCCGUGUGGUAACGAAAGCCUUAAAAAGUUCAGAAAGUGAAGCGGCUAUUAAUAGGCAUAGGCGUAAUACUCCUGUUAUAAAACCCGUUGCAAGAAAGACUAUACGGCCGUCUGUAUCUAUUCUCGUUAUAUUUUCUCGCGCCAACAAGAACGAUGUAAAAAUCAAGCUUUUCCCAUAGAAUGGCCAAAACAUUCUUUCCAAGGAGUAAAUCUUUAACUGCUAUCUCUUGCUCGCGUUUGACAAUCAGUUCGCGUUUCUACUUUCGAGAAGCGUUCAGUUUUACAACACCUAUUAAUUAAAGCGAACAUGUAUGUUUACAUAUUAAAGUGCAUUCACUUUUGAGUGACAGCGGCUCAGACUCGCAGCCAAUCAUCAAUUCCCGUCCACUGGUGGACGGGGAAUUCGAUUACACUGCCAAACCCAGCAGGCGGUAUUUCCCAGGCUUGCCCAAUUUUAGGAACCGCCUGCCAUGCAGGCUAGAGCCAUGAGGGAUAGAUUUUAUCGCCAUAUUUUCAUUCAUGAUCAUCGUAUCGAAGGUGGAAACUUAGCGGGAUUGUCGAAAUGUUGGGUUGUGAAUGCAACACGCCCUUUUCAUAAUUAUAAAAGCAUGUCUAUUAACAUUAAAUUAACCACAUUAAUAAAACAUUAAAUAAGAUAAAUGUUGGCUUUGAGUGAUCUGAUAAGCUAUCCUAGGAUGCAUUUUUGUAACUUGUACAAACUGAACUUGUACUUGGCGGCGAUACGCUGCUAUUCAGUAGGGACUUUAUUUAGUUGUAACAAAUGAUGUAUUUUUCUUUACAUUCACUGCAUGUUAACAUAUAAAAUGUGCGGAUCAAUUUAAAUUUUAUCGCCGUAUUUUACCAUAAUUCGGAACCGCUACAGUAAUAAAGAACAAGUUACAGCAAAUGACAAAAGCGGAAUAGAUAGGUUCUUCUAUUUUGACUGUAAACAAGGGCGUACAACACUAAAACUAUUACAUUUUAUUUCAAGGUGUAUUUCCCGUAUCUUCUAAUCAGUAAAAAGCGGUAUGCAGGGUUGUAUUUCACAAAGCCUGAAAUACAUGAUAAAAUGGAUUGCAAGGGAAUAGAGACGGUAAAUGUUUUCUACUUGUUUAAUGUUUUUUACUUUGUUUAAUAUUUUCUUGUUUUUUUCUCUUUUUUUUUCAAGAAAUAACAUUGUCCUGUAAUAGGUGGCAACCUGAUUUAAAGGGCAUAUGACUCGAAAAUUGACGGUGUUAUUUUUAGUCUAAUUUGAAAGAUCAUUGAAAACUGUAGAGUAACUUCUUUGAUAGAUUUUUGUUUUCUUGCUUCGUUUUGAAGAUAUUUUAAAUUGUAUGAUCUGCAAAGGACCAACUUCCUACGUCACACAUGCAUAAUGAUUUAGCCCUUAAAGCUGUAUAUCUUUAAUACGACUAAACACAAUCAGUAGAAAACUUACAUGGGUGUUGUUGUGUACAAAUCUCGUGCUCAUCAUUCAUUUUGUAAUUAUGCAUGUGUGACGUAGAAAGUUGGUCCUUUGCAUAUCAUACAAAAUGAAAUAUCUUCAAAACCAAGCAAGAAAACAAAAGUCUGUCAAAGAAGUUACUCUACAGUUUUCAAUAAUCUUUCAAAUUAGACGAAAAAAUGACAACGUAAAUUUGCGAGUCCCUUUGAGCACCUAGUUGUCAACGUUUGGAGACUAGUUGUCAAUAGUUGGUAUACUGAUUUAUGUGAUAUUUUGUCAUUUCAGGUUCGACGAGACAAUGCCCCAUUAGUUGCCAGUCUGAUCGGCAAUUGCCUGCAGAAAAUUCUCAUUGACAGGUAUAUCGUAACAUUUAUUUCUAUAACAUAAUAUUUGUUGAUAUGAUAUAUGUGAUAUGUUAUUAAAAUAUGGGGAAUGACCACGACAGUAUCAAAUGGACGUCGUUUAUGUACUGUUUAAUAAACGAGCAGGAGUGUUUUAUUAGGCUUUAGACCUAAUAAAACACAACCUGCGAGUUUAUUAAACUGCUUCAAACACGACUACAAAUUCAAUAGAUAUAUGCAUGCCUUAUUAGUAUUCUUUAUAUAAAGAAUACUAAUUUUAUAGGAGUGUUUUAUCAGGUUUAAAGCCACUGCACGUGACAUAUUAUGGUUGACAUGAUUUGCCAAUAAGCUUAUGAAUUAUUAUCAUGAAUCAUCGUCCAAGUGCACUUUUAUGAGGACACGACUACAAUAGAUACUGCAUGCCUUAUUAGUAUUCUUUAUAUAAAGAAUACUAAUUAUAGGAGUGUUUUGUCAGGUUUAAAGCCACUGCACGUGACAUAUUAUGGUUGACAUGAUUUGCCAAUAAGCUUAUGAAUUAUUAUCAUGAAUCAUCGUCCAAGUGCACUUUUAUGUAUGAUGUAUAUCAUCAUACAGACACAUUGAUAACAUGCUCCUCACCUCCCCAUUGCUAGCCGACAAGGAAACGUGCCAUUGUACUACUCCCUGUAGCUCAGUUGGUUAGAGCGCUGCACAGGAAUCGCAGGGCACAGGUUCGAUUCCUGUCAGAAGGCUUGUAUAGUUACAUCGGCGCAGCCUACCUGUUGUUGUCUGGCUUUUUUUUGGGGGGGGGAGUGGCGAGACGCAGUACGCUAUCCAAUAAAUCCAUUAGUACUUUGACAAUGAAAAUAAGCCAGGCAUAUCUUUCAGAGAUCCUCAGGGUGCAGUGGAAUACACAAAGCAAGUGAUAUCAGACUUACUGUGUAAUAGAAUUGACAUAUCACAGUUAGUUAUUACGAAAGAACUAACAAAAACGGGGGAUGAGUACUCUGCAAAGCAAGCUCAUUCAGAAUUGGCUGAAAGGUGAGAUUUUUACUUCAAAGUGGCAAUGUGUCAUGUUUCAUUGUGAUACGAGUUAUUGUGGGGUUUUUUUAUAGAAUAAGCCUAAAAGAGUUAAAACUUAAUGUUAAGCCAUAUUUACAAAGGCUCAAAGCAGUAACAUACAGUAAAUUACAUUUACAGUAUAUAAAAUGUAAAGGUUUGCCCAAUGUCAAGUUUCUUUGCCUUGGCCAAUAGAAAACUUCGACAGCGCGAAUGAGUACGAUUUGCAAGUUCUGUUAAUGAGGAUAUAUAUAUAUAUAUAUAUAUAUAUAUAUAUAUAUAUAUAUAUAUAUAUAUAUAUAUAUAUAUAUAUAUAUAUAUAUAUAUAUAUAUAUAUAUAUAUAUAUAUAUAUAUAUAUAUAUAGGGUUGUACGUUCUUGUGCAACAGUGCAGGGGCCGGUUGUAUAAAACACUUAAUCACUAUUCUGUAGUUAAAUAGUGGUUAACUCUAAUCCACGUAGUUAAGUCGGUUGUAUAAAAAAGUAGUUAGCGUUAACUGUAAAAUGGCGCUUGUAUAGGAGUGAACAACAUUUUAAGUAAAACAAUAAUGAAAAGCAACUCUUACCUGGGAUUUUCAAUCGCUGUCUUCCCUGUGAAUGCUUCCUGACAAUUAACAAUUAGACAACGAAGCCGAGUUGUCUAUGAGCGAAUAGUCAACGAGGCGAAGCCGAGUUGACUAUUCGUUCAGAGACAACGAGGCUGAGUUGUCUAAUUGUUUUAGUAUAAACCACAUAAAGAAAACGGAAUUUUUCACUUGACUUUUAUGUAAAAUAAUAACGUUUUAACGAAAUGAGCGUUUAAAUGGCUUCCUUGGCUUUGGCGACAUUUCGUCUUGGCUUUGUUGACAACUACUAAGUCAGUUGCGAACUCCCAAGAAUGACUUGAAAAAUACAACUUGUGAGUUUUAAAAAAGUUAAAAAACAUGUCAUAAAACAGUAUAAUAGUAAGAGACCGUUAUAGAAGCAAAGUUUGGUUAAUUAAAACUUAUUUAAAAGAAGGAAACAAGGCUUAAAAAAUCCAAAAUUUCGAACACAAAAUGGCUUCCCGAAUUUUUAUUAAAUUAGUAAAUAAAGUUUACGUCGUUAUAAAAAGCCGAAUAAAAAUGCACACACAUGCAAAAGAAUCCGAUUAUCCGAAUGUCUUUGAAAUCUUUAACAUAUCUGGAACAUAAAGAGGCAAACUAUUUCCAUAAUCUAGUAUACAUACACAAUAGUUUAGAUUAAAAUUUAAUCGAAAAACUCGACUUAAAAAGGCUCGAAAAGACGAAAAACAAACUCGGCCAAAAUCUCAACAUUUAAACGGAAAAAAACUCUUUAAAAUGACAGCUAAAUACAUGAACUCGUACUUAAAACGAGCACACACUAAAGAGGUUGAGAAAAUAGGGGUAAAUAACUACAAAGUAUUGUUGAAUUUCAACGAUUCUGCUUGGAAUAUUAACAAACAUUCUGCACAUUUUAAAAAAUCGCCUGUCACUUUCAUGUUCAAAACUACGAGCAAAGUUGAGAAAACUUAAAAUUUUUACCGCAUAUGUCAGCAGUUUCCAAGAGUCUUUGUUUGUGUGUAAUCCAGAACCAAAAUUAGACCAUUUUGAUAAGCUUUUUCCCUUUAAAUACAGCUUUUAAUGCUUAAAAACGGCCAUUGACUCUCGCGCCCUUCGCCACUGUUGCUACUAGUAGGCUAUCACUAAUAGCCUACUACUAGCGCAGCCAAUCAGAACGCACGAUACAUGAUAGCCUACUAGUAGGUUUAUACUAAUACAGUAUAAACUCUUCAAACGCUAUCGCUUUGAUUUUUUGGCGGAAACUAAAUAUAUUUUUCCACGGGAAGAUUUCUCGAAGACGACGUAGGGUCCAUUUAUACACGAAGAAACAUGAUAUAUAAUUGCCAAACAGUUACAAUAAUUGGUUUAACGUAGACAUCUCAAGUAAAAACGACCUUCUCCGUUGAUUUUUUCCUUGUUUUCUUGUAUAUUUUUCACUAUUUUGAAUAAAGUUUCACUAUAUUGAGCAAAAUAUGAGUCCACAAUCGCGUUAAAAAUGCUUGUAAGCGGUCGUUAAUGAGUCUUUACUUUAAUUAAUUUUACUGUUUAACCACGCAAGCCCCACACAAGUUAACUACGUGAUUACGUAAUCAUCCGCCAAACUACGUUUUGUGCAACGCAAUUAAGUCGUGAAUUAACUAAUCAUAGUUAAGGAUUUAACUAUACAGUGAUUAACGCUAAUCAUAGUUAAAGUUAACAGCGUUUUUAUACAACUGACCCCAGGUGAACUAUUUCGACUCGUGGGAACUCGUAGGCGCACACCCUAACCACCGCCCCAGUGGCAAACUCGCUAAAAACGUCCAACAAUUUCAUUUAACAAAUCGACCUAUAAUUAUAGGUCGAAUAUAACUGCACGCAUGGUUGGACGUUUUGUGUUAUAGAUUUCAUUAUAAAUUAAUUUAUUUAACAACUAUAUACUGUACGUUGCAUUCUACUCUGCUACAUUCUCGAUAACAGUCUAUUACAGUAUAAAACACUGUUCAUUACCAACGGGUUUUCCAAAUGGGAUCAAAUCAUCUGCUGAAAAAUUGUUUUCUGAGUCAUCUGUUGAUAUCGCGCGAUUAAGACACUCUUAUUAUAUGGCAAAUCACUUCCGGUGAAAUGGCGGACCGUGAUUGGCUGAGAAGCACUUUCAGCGUAAAAACAAACGCAUGCAUGCAUUUUAAAACAAAACAGCAAAACUAAUUGAAAAUUAUAAUUUAAUUUAUUAUUAAUAAGAUAUCUGCGAAUGGUUUUUAGUGGAAAAGAAGGAAUACAUUGGAAUACAAUACAUACGUUUGUUUUCUUCGACCAAAUGUGUAGCACGCUAAUAAUAUGCAUUUCAAAUCAAUGACAUGCAUAUAAUGCCUAUAAAUGCCAUAUAAUAAACUUUUUAUUAACCUCGCUUGCUCGGUAUGUACAGAGGAAUAUCGGACCAAAUUGCACAAAUGCCUAUAAAUGCCAUAUAAUAAACUUUUUAUUAAGCUCGCUUGCUCGGUAUGUACAGAGGAAUAUCGGACCUUGGUUUUUUUACAAACCUUGCCCUACGGGCUCAGUCUGUACAAAAAAGACCUCGGUCCGAUAUUUCUUUGUACAGACCUCGCGUUCGGUAAUGAGAAGUAUAUUCUUGGUCCAGAAGCAACACACAUGCAUUUACAUUACACUGUAUAGUGCUGAUAAUAAAUUUACUAACAUUUAUGGCCAUAUCAUUUCAGAAUGAGAAAAAGGGAUGCAGGAUCCGCACCAAAAUUAGGUGAUCGUGUACCGUAUGUGAUUAUCGCUGGAGCAAAAGGGAUGGCUGCUUAUCAGAAAGCCGAGGUAAAAAUACUAUAUUUCACAAUUAGUUGUAUAUUGGUCGCAUUCAUGCAGUCUGUUCAGCGAUAAUAGACCUUUCCCCUUAUGAGUGAAAUUUUGAUCUAGAUAUGCCUGGACAAAAAUUUCAUCACAGCUUGAAAGAGCAUCACAAAAUGAGUAAUAUUCCGAAGUUUCGUUGCGAAAUGUUGUAAAAUGCGGAUAAUAUAGCCUUGCGAAGUUUGCCGUUUUUCAGUCAUUUUGCAUUAUAAACGGAAAAUUGAUAAUCAGAUGAUCAAACUGCAUGAUUAUCAAUUUCCCAUUUGUAGUAAUACAAAAUGACUGAGAAACGGCAAAUUUCGCAAGGCUAUAUUAUCCGCAUUUUACAACAUUUCGCAAUGAAACGUCGGAAUAUUACUAAUUUUGUGAUGCUCUUUCAAGCUGUGAUGAAAUUUUUGUCCAGACUUGUCUAGAUCAAAAUUUCACCCAAAAGGGGAAAGGUCUAUUAGCAACUUCUGAAACGUUGAACCGUUUUUUUUUGUAAGGUUUUUCUUUUAAAACUUGGAGUAUAAAAUGGGUUCAGACUAUAUUUCUAAAAACGUGUGAUGUUUUACAUAAGUAUUUGCAUGUUGAUCGACUGCAAACCUAUUUUUCCUUGCGCCAUUUUUUUGGUAUUGCAGGAACGUAACUUCUUUGGGUGCCGUCUGGCAAAAGCCUUGGCAUGGUGGUAUACUUUUCACACAGUAUAAACAAAAUGGGUGAACCCAUUGUGUUUAGCAAUUAUUAUAAAUUACCAUUCAUAUUGCGCGUGUACAACAUUUCUCGCCAUGUCAAUAUAUUAUAAUGACAUCAUAAUAUCAGUCGACCAAGAAAAAGUAACGGGACUAACGGCAUUCAUGUCGAUUUUUUAACGAUAAUUUCCAACGUAACAUAUUACUGCAACCAAAGAUCGUUAAAACCGUUAAUAAAUGGCACGCUUCACGCAUUAAUUAACAAUUAUUCGCCGAAGGCGAGGUGAUUAUCGGUGAAUAAAAACCGAGACGAAGUCGAGGUUUUUAUUCACGAUAAUCACCGAGCCUGAGGCGAAUAAUUGUUUUAGUAUAAUUUCAUAGGUGAUUAUUUGGGAAAAAUUUAAAAAUGCACAUUUCUUCGUCAUUUAAUUGAUAAAACGGCUUCGACCGCCAUUUUGAAAAUCGCUUAGGUGAUUAUCGCGUAAUAAUCACCUCAACGGCAACCAAUCAGCGUGGAGAAUUUUCAAUAAUCACCUAUGUAAUUAUACUAAUUUGACAUAUUGCAUUAAAACGCAACGUGUAUCAACGUGCAGUGCAUAUAAUUAUUAAAAUGCGUAUAUUCUCAACAAUCGGUUUUAGACUUGUUUAAUUCACAUGCCCUUUUUAUAUACCAAAGUGUCGUGAUCUGUUGGCUCGCGUCAUUUGAAAUUUAAUUAAAGGUGCAUCAACCACCCCAUUUCAAAUGUAGUGAAGUGAUUCUAAUUAACGCGCGUGAAAUUGUUUUAAUGGACCUAUUACCUAAAGGCUGAUUUCCACUGUUGCGUUUUUCAUACGUACGUAUACGCACGUAAAACUUUAAAUCCGUUUAAAUGUUACUUAUGGAAUAACCAAAUAAAUAAAGCAACAGAAUUUAGUGUUCUGCAAGUUUUAGUAUGCAUUUGUUAACUUAUUUGUAAAAUAUUUAAAAAAUAGAUGGAUUCGAAGUUUUACGUGCGUGUACGUGCGUACGAAAAACGCAACAGUGAAAAUCAGCCUUAAUGAACAAAAUUUGAUCAAAGUCUAGACGAAAAUUUUAUCACGGCUUGAAAGAGCAUCACAAAAUUAGUAAUGUUCCGAAGUAUCGUUGCGAAAGUAAAAUGCGGACAAUAUAGCCCUGCGAAGUUUGCCAUUUUUCAUUCAUUUUGUAUUACGCAUGGGAAAUUGAUACCUUUUUUCAGAAAGCGGUAUCAAUUACCCGUGCGUAAUACGUACAAAAUGACUGAAAAACGACAAACUUUGCAGUGCUAUAUUAUCCGCAUUUUACAACAUUUCACAACGAAACUUCGGAAUAUUACUAUUUUUGUGAUGCUCUUUCAAGCUGUGGUGAAAUGUUUGUCAAGACUUGUCUAGAUCUAGUUUGUUUCCACAAACAACAUAUUUUAUGUUAGUUGCUGUGUUGGUGUAAUGUACUCAGGUGAAUAAGAUGUAUGUAUGUAUGUAAAACUUUAUUUCAAUACGCUAACUUCGACAAUUAUUUACAACUGGUUUCCACGAAGGGCGUAUACACACAAAGAGCUAAAUGUUAAUUAUAUAUAGAACAAAAUAUGUAAGAAUCCCACCCUAAAAUUUUAUCAUCUUCCUCCCAAAUGUGAUGUUACUCUGAGUGUAUAUCCACACCGGGCAGGCUUGAAAAUUACGCCUGGCCACGGUGGGAAUCGAACCUACGACCUUUGGAACACUAGCCCAAUGCUCUGACAACUGAGCUACGCGGUCAGUUGGCAGAGCAUUGGGCUAGUAUUCCAAAGGUCGUAGGUUCUAUUCCCACCGUGGCCAAGCGUAUUUUUCAAGCCUGCCCGGUGUGGAUAUACACUCAGAGUAACAUCACAAGCAAAAUAUUAUGUUUUAUCGCCAUCAUGCAAACCUACACUCGAAAUGUUCAUGCACAAAAACCGAAAUGCCCCAAAUCAUGAAAAAUGUGGCAUUCGUCAAUAUUUUCAUUUUUGGCGUCGUCGGCGCUAAUUGCCGUUUGCUGAGGGUUGUACAUUGAAAAAUUUGUUUUCACAUUUUAGGAUCCCAUAUACGUACUUGAAAAUAACGUUCCUAUUGAUACAACAUAUUACUUGGAAAACCAACUGACGAAUCCUCUUAUGAGAAUAUUUGAACCAAUUCUUGGCGAGGAUAAAGCAAAAUCAGUGUUAUUCAGUAAGUUUCCCGAGUUAAUUCUCCAAUAUACCAUCUUGCUGACGCAAACUUUCCUUAACGCUUAUAUAUUUUGUGAUCUUUGAAAAGCUGUACGUUUUGUGUCCCCUCACCAGAAAAUCGUGGGUCUUUACUGGGACCACACAAAACAUAAGGUUAAUUGAGGAUCUAUUCUAAAACUACACCCGAGUGGCAGACGAGCUAGCACAUGCACAGACGAGUAUAUAUCAGACGACUAUACACACGAGUACAUUUUCUAAAUACGACUGAUAUUCAAGGGGCCGGUUGUAUAAAACUCUUAAUCACUUUUUUAAUCACUAUUUUGUAGUUAAAUAGUGGUUAAGCCCCACGCAAGUUAACUACGUGAUCAGUUAAUCAUCCGACAAACUAUACGUUUUGUGCAACGCAAUUAAGUCGUGUAGUUAUAACUAACCAUAGUUAAGGAUUUAACUACAGUGAUUAACGCUAAUCAUAGUUAAAAUUAACGACGUUUUUAUACAACCGGCCCCAGGUACCUACAAGAACAUACGGCUAUACGGAAAUAGAACAGUCGCUGCGCAACUAAUAAUAUUCAAGCUAAAGUGACAAAAUAUUAUUUAUAAUUUAAGUGUGUAUAAUUGCAAAACUAAUUAUAAUUAUUUGUAUUUUUUAUUAUUGUUUUGAGCAACAACUUGCCCCGUCACUUUACCGGCAGAUUGCGUGAAUAUAGAUUGACGUUUACAGCAGACCGCUAACGACAAUCUUCAAAUUAUUAUUCAAUCUUCAUAAGUAUAUUCACGCGAUCUGUCAUUAAGUGACGGAGCAGGGUGUUUCUCAAGACAAUAAUAAAAUAUACAAAUACUUUCUAAUUAAUUAUGCGAUAUAUAUAGUACAAUCAAAAUAGAAAAUAGGUCAGAAAAAAAUAGUAAAAAGCCAAAAAUUAGCGUAUGCACUCUCUUCAGCAACCUUGAUAACAUACUAAAAGUCCUCAUGUAUCCUCUUGGAGCUUUCUCCAUUAUGACAAGUUUUUUGUUCGAUUUCCCUAGUGAACUCCUAUAUUGUUAAAAAAGUGAAAUUUCAGAUUCAUUUAUAGGAAAAAUAAGUUACAUCAUUAGAAAACUUAGAAAAAACUACAUAUAAGACAUUUAAACGGCUACCUUGAUUUUGCAAGUUCUUGAGUUAUGAGCUGUUGGAAACGUGUUGUCAGAUUUUUGCCAGAUUUUGGCCUAUUUUUGUUGCAUGCCAUAUAUGGCAUGCAACUUUCAUAUAGCUCUAAAUUUCGUGUCGUGUUCGGUGAGCGUACCAGUCACGUGGCAGAUUCGUAAAAUACGACAAAUACUGAGUUUCCGACGAGCAUUUUCAUGCCGGGUUUUCGUCGAGGAAACGCAAAGAAAAUUUAUAUAUUGAUUAUUCGCCGAAAAUUUACAUAAUCGAGCGCCUUAGAAAAAUAAAUCGAGGUAGGUAAAUCUUUACUGUUUUAACUUACCUUAUAUUUUGUUAUUUGUUGUGAUUUUGGAGCCGUUGUGCUCGCACUGAUUAUUUAUCAACUAUCACGCGUUUAUAUUUAUAUAUCGUGAAAGCCUCAAAGCCGCGAACGCUAUCAAAAUACUCGAUUUUUAUAUACUCAAACUGAAACGGAGCCAUUGUGCUCGCACUGAUUAUAUUGUGUGCAAAGCUUCAAAACUACAGCAUAUUUUGUAAACAACAUGAAAUAUAAAUAUCAAACACAAUUUAAAUUAUAAAUAGUAAUACAAUUGAAAUCGAGAUUGAAAUAUACAACGAAAUAGCAACCGUUGUGAAGUACGCAUAAGAUUCAACAUGACAUUCGAUAUAGUGUAAAUUAACUCAUUUCAAUCACUCAAACGUCAAAAUGAUAAAUAAUAAUCAUUUUCAAGCUAUUGUAGUAAUUCACCGUUUCCACGGGGUUUUUAUACCCAUUAAAAAGUUACAAUAAAACAAUAUCUAUAGGAAAUAUAACGUUAUUUAGUUAUUAAUUUGUAAAGUAAAUCUAACAGUCAAUCGCUUUUGAUAAAACCUUGACCCGCCUUGACAUUGUUAAAGGGGCCCUACAGUAUUUUUUUAGUCAUUUAAGUAUUGUUUACAUUUUUGUUAUUGUCGCUACUUGACAUGCGCAUCACGGCAUUCAUGCGUCUUCCGGUGUGCGGAAGUACUCAUAUUCAUGGAUACUGCAUGUAAGAUACAGCCAAACGAAUCUCCGUGGAGUCCCCUACUUAAGGUGGCUUUUCGACUAAAAAAUGACUGUAGGGUCCCUUAACUCCCUUUAAUGUUAUUAUUACCGUCGCUUGCAACUAGCUAUAAAUGGUCGCUUAAAAAACAUUGUCUAUAUUCGCGUGUUUCUGCUGGGGUCUACACCGUAGGCAAAUUCGCGUGAGAGUCUUAAGUUUUCUUAUUUUGACAUAAUAGCUAUUUUGCGAUAAAUAUAUUGAUAUUAAAUUUAUUGAAUCGAUAUUUUAAGUUUCACGCCAGUUGUACCAAAGGUUAUAAGCGCUAUAGCGCAUCAUAAGCAUAGAUAUCUUAUAUAAGAUAUCUAUGAUCAUAAGUUUCAGAUGGCAUGCAACAUGUACACAGUGCGUACCUAUUUUUCACAUUUGGAACAGCAAUAACUCGAAAACCGCUUGAAAAAUUUAGGUGACUGUUUAAAUGUCUUAUAUGUAGUUUUUAUGAGCUUUCUAGUGAUGCGAGUCAUUUUUGUUAUGAGUGAACUUGAAAUUUCACGUUUUUUAACAAUAUGGGAGUAAUAGGGAAAUCGAAAAAAAACUUGUCAUAAUGGAAAAAGCUCCAAGAGGAUACAUGGGGACUUUUAGUAUAUUGUUCAGGAUAGUUAAAUUAUUGCAUCUAACAAUUUUUGGUUUUUUACUAUUUUUUUCCAACCUUGGCCUUAAAAUGAGCUAAAAUUACUGAACUAAUAAUACAAACUUAAAUUGCAAACAAUAUUUCGUUAUUUUAGCUUGAAUAUUAUCAGUUGUUGCGGCAACUGUUCAUAUUUCCAUAGCCGUAUGAACUUGUAGGUACCUAGAUAGCAUGCAGUCGUAUUUAGAAAAUGUACUUCUCUGUAGUCGUCUGUACUCGUUUGUCACUUGGAUGUAGUUUUAGAAUAGAUUCCGUAUACGGAAUAUAUGAGGACUUUGCACGAUGAGGUUUUAUAUAUGCCUUAUAGAUAAUUUGUACUAUUGUCUGUCGCAUCAAUAAUUGUACAUGGUUGUUUUGAUAUCUCUAGAGGGAGAACAUACAAGAACAAAAACUGUUGUAACGUCAGCAGUUGGCAAGUUGGCAAUGUUCGCAAAGAAACGAACUACUUGUAUUGGGUGUAAAUCUGUGCUUGAUAACGACCGUAAGUAG